AUGUUCCGCCAGGCCAUUGCCACCUCGUCCCGCGCACUGCGGGCUGCUCCCAAGGCCGCCGCCACCCGACCUUUCAUACAGUCGCAAUUCAAGGCCGCGCCCGCCUUCACCUUCAGAUCUGCCCAGCCUGCCGUGUCGAGAUGGUACAGCGACGCUAAGGAGGCCGAAGCCAAGCCUGCCGAGGAGGCCAAAUCGGAGGACAAGGACAAGGCCAAGUCGGAAGAGAAGGCUGCUGAGAACGAAAAUGAUCCCCUCGCCCAGGCCAAGAAGGAUCUCGCUGCCAAGGAAGCCGAAGUCAAGGACUGGAAGGACAAGUGCCUGCGCACCGUCGCUGAUUUCCGCAACCUCCAGGAGCGAACCACCCGUGAGGUUAAGUCUGCGAAAGACUUUGCAAUCCAGAAGUUCGCCAAGGACCUCGUCGACAGCGUUGACAACCUCGACCGCGCCCUUGGAAUGGUCCCCCAGGAGAAGCUCAAUGCUAAGGACCGACCCGAGCACCUUCAGGAUCUCGCCAACCUGUAUGAGGGCCUCAAGAUGACAGAGGAUAUUCUCAUGAACACCCUCAAGAAGCACGGCCUCGAGCGCCUCAGCCCCGAGGGCGAGAAGUUCAACCCCAACGAGCAGGAGGCUACUUUCAUGACUCCCCAGCCUGACAAGGAAGACGGCACAGUCUUCUUCGUCCAACAAAAGGGCUUCAAGCUCAACGGUCGAGUGCUGCGCGCCGCCAAGGUUGGUGUUGUCAAGAACAAAUAA